AUGCAUGCACAACACAAAUCCCCAAAGACAUACCCGACACUUUCCCAGGUAUUAGAAGAAGUAAAGAGAAUGACAAACAUAGGGUUUCCAAUAUCAGCCAUGAGCCUUGUGGGGUACCUUAAAAACUUGACCUUAGUUGUGUGCAUGGGAAGGUUGGGAAGCCUAGAGUUAGUUGGAGGCUCUUUGGCCAUAGGCUUCACCAACAUAACUGGUUACUCUGUCCUCUCAGGUCUAGCCAUGGGCAUGGAACCCCUCUGCACCCAAGCCUUCGGUUCUAGAAACUUCUCCUUACUCUCUCUAACUCUCCACAGAAUAAUUCUCAUGUUACUUCUAUUUUCUCUCCCCAUUUCUCUUCUAUGGCUCAACCUCCAACCUCUCAUGCUUUUCCUUCACCAGAAUCCAUACAUAACCCGUGUAGCAACCCUCUAUUGUCGCUUCGCCAUCCUAGACCUCAUAGCCAAUAGCUUCCUCCACCUUUUCCGCAUCUAUCUACGCAGCAGAGGAACAACUUGGCCACUACUCUGGUGCACUCUACUCUCCAUUCUUCUACACCUUCCCACCAUUGUCUUUUUAACCUUCAAACUCUACCUUGGCGUGCCGGGAAUCGUUGUCUCAUCCUUCGUUGCCAAUUUCAACAACCUUUUCUUCCUUGUCCUGUACAUGUUCUACACACGCGUUCCCGAGGAGUCCUUACACGUGCCAUUACUACUGUCUCACACCACGUCACAUGAUAAUACUGUGAUAACAUGUAACGGUACUCUUGCCAUGGAAUGGGGUGUGCUGAUGAAAUUUUCAAUACAGAGUUGUCAGGCUGUUUGCUUGGAAUGGUGGUGGUACGAAUUGAUGACAAUUUCUGCAGGCUACCUCAACAACCCUCGUGUUGUUCUAGCCAUGGCUGGGAUAGUGAUACAAAUCACAUCGCUUUUGUACACUUUGCCGACGGCAUUAAGCGCAGUGUCAACGAGAGUGGGGAAUGAACUUGGGGCGGGACAGGAAUUGGUGGCUGCAAAAACAGAUAACAAUAAUACUGAUUCUUUCCAUGGUGCAUAA